UUGUCAUUGUCAAGUAUCCAUUUUGUAAAGCAUCACCACUCUGAACAAUUUUUACGAUUAAAUUUGUACAUUUACGUGUUCGAUUUCGUGUGGAUACAAACGCCUAGCGCAUUCCUUUCGGCAGUAUCCUCAAAAUCCUCCGUGAGUGCGAUUUUACUGGUGACAAGGCGUUAGCGUAGGCCCCCAAUCGUGCAGCAAGUAGCAUUCCCACUAGUGGAAUUGAACAAGAGAGAGGUAUGUGCAUUUGUAAUUUGUAAGCCAAGACAUGGAAGAAAAUACAGAGAGCCCCAGCAACAUGAUCGAGUUGACGGUGCGCACCUUGGACUCCCAGAAUCAUCCCUUUACUGUUGAAGAUGAUAUUACUGUGGAGCAGUUCAAGGUAAGAAUUGCCGGUACUGUCAACAUUCCAGCUGAUACACAAAGAAUCAUCUAUUGUGGUAGAGUGUUGCAGGAUAGCUCUAAAUUGUCUGACUAUGAUGUCAAUGGCAAAGUUGUGCAUCUGGUGCAAAGGGCACCCCCAAGUGCUACUCCAAGAUCAAGUAGCAGAUCUGCAUCUCCUCAACCACCAAGACGUACAUUCAGGGCAUUUCGUGGUCUGGAUCAGGGAAACACCAUGUACCUUGGAUCAAUGGCCUUUCCCAGCAACUUGAUGGAGUCUCAAGGAAUCAUACCACCACCACCUACACAUAGUCUUAGUGGCAGUAGGCUAAAUGUAGCUAGAAGGAUGUUGAGAAGAGCAGAAGCAGUGCUGAAUCUACUCGAAAAUCCAUCUGCUAGACCAGAAGAUCAAAAUCCAGCUGAUGAAAAUCAAGAUGAGGAAGUGACACCAGUGAUAGAAGCUAGAGUUAUCGUACCAAACAACAAUGAACCUAUAGAUGAUGUCAUAAAUGCUGUUCAAAAUUCUUUGAUUGAUGCUACCAAUGGAACUAUGAGGAGUGGUCGAGUAAUGGAAGCAAGGCGUGGUUCCUCGAAUAGGUUAAACAGUGAAGAAAGAUCACCAGAUGUGUCAGCUCCAGAUCCACCAAGGAGGUCAGCUUCUGCAGAUAAUUUGACAACUGAAAGUGUUACUGAAUUACCAGAAAAUGCUUCAAGAACAUCCGAAAUGUCAGAAUUGUUGACCCAAUUGGCUCAGCUGCAAGUUAGGUUUGCUCCAUUCCUUGAGAGAUAUCAGAGUUUCAUGCAGGAGGACCCUGAAAUAUCUUCUGAGAACCAGCGUACUGUCCAGCUGAUGUUAAACCGUGUUUCUGAGGUUCUUCACUUUUUGGGACAUGCCUAUCACUCUUUGAGUGAUAUCAUGAUAACGGUUAGAGCGCAGCCGCCCCGUCCAUUGCUCUGCAGGCCCAUUCUGAUACAGCAUUCUGCUGUUGUUCAAACUGGCAUACCCAUACAGGUGGAGGCCCAGAUCAACGUAUCAGCCGACCGCCCCCCACCCAGCGCAUCCUCGGCCGCCUCCCAGACAUCGGACUCUACCGCCCCUCAACAACCUACCACUGGAGGCGCCACCGCAACCCCCGCUGCUCCCACUCAAGCCACCGCCCCCUCAGGUGGCCAUACUUUCGUCGGUCUGCCGUUCUUGCCUCCGGGGGCGGCGAUGCGCGUGCAGUCUUUCCCGGUGGAGAUAAGGGCGGUGCACUCAGGGGGGCCGCCCCCAGCUGCUGCAGGUGCGACUGGGCAGAAUAAUAAUAAUAAUAAUGCCGGAGGUGGAACUGGUGCUUCUGGAGGGGCGAGGACGCAGGCACAGGGAGGUGGAACUGCAACAGCUUCCGGUGGAGGAUCCAGCUUCAAUCUCGGCAAUCCGAACGUGGAAUUUAUCAUGGAAGUCACCCCAGAAGGUAUUACUAUUGACUCUUUGGAAACUACGGUUGUCGGUUCUAACCAGGCCAAUGAUUUAAUCCGCGAGUCACUCAACGGCCCCCCGACCGAGUUCUUGCAGUCUCUAAUGCAGAUGGCGAGUCAUAUCAUGGCUCGCAAUGCUCAGGCUCCAUCAACCGCGACGGCAUCAACUGCCGCGUCUACUGAAGGCCAGGCAACGGCUCAACAACCAGGGCAGAAUACUCAAGCUCGUGGGACCUCGCAGACUCAACCGACAACAGCAACCCACACAAGGUCAACGGCUCGACCUCACGUCCAUCUGGCUCAACAAGCCGUUCAAGCCGGAUUUGAUCCGUUUCUGCCUUGCAACUCGCAUCAUAUCUCCAGGGCCAGGAGGAGGCCGCCAACGCAACAGCCUCAGCAAGCUCAGGAAAGGCAGGCCACUGAGACACCUCAACAAGCCACGAGUGCUUCUACUAAUACUAGUGCCUCGGCCCAGGAUGCUGCAGCGGCGCCACCAACUGGUCAAAGACCGUCAGCAGCGAAUUUCCAGGCGCACAGCUUGACGAGCUUGAUGACUGGAAUUUUCGAUUCGAUCAGACAACAGCCGACAGAAUCAUCGGCCCCACCGACAGCCUCUGCCAACAUAGGGGAUGGACCACCGAAUGAGGCUGCGGCACAGGGGAUCCCUUUGCUUGCUUCCCUGUUUCAGGGUUUGGGAGGUGAACAAGGCAACGUCAGGGGUCAAGGGCUCAAUCCCCUAGAUCAACUUUUACAAACGUUCCAGUUGGAUCAACAUAUUACAGGAGAUACCCUCAUCACCGAGUUGCCGAUAGUGUUCCUACGAAAUUUGACACUAGUAGAUCUGCUUACCUUGUGCAGCGGGAACAUCGAACCUUUACGUAGGAACAUCCCCGAAGUCCAGAAUUUCGUGAGAACGCGGUGGUGCAAUGGAGACACCACCCCAGAGGGAAUCCAAAAUGCCACGGAGCGACUGAUAGCUGAACUGCGACCAUUAUUGGAACAUUUCAACACUUUGCCAGUACGCGACGAUAUCGACCUAGUCCGGUCCUACGAAGAGAUUCUGAGACAUCGUCUGCCGCUUUUGAUCACCAUAAUCUUGUCUUUGAACGUCGGUACCACUCUCCAGUUGCUUCACCAGGAAUUCCUCACGGCUGUGAAGACAUUACUGGCAUUCGCCCUGUACGCUUGCACUGAAGGUCAACAGGGAGUUGAACAAAUCUUCGAGCAAAUCGUGUCUAACAUCAUCCCUCGGUAUCCACAAGAAUUCCAGAAUUUAACGCUGAUGACCAGCCGGAUCCAGUUGCGUCGACUUUUCGCGAAUUUGAAUAUACCAGAAAGUAUUGUGAGACACUACAUUGUAAGAAGAUCGGAUCCUGUAAGAACAGUAGCGGCUCCCACAGAGAGAGUCAGCAGUCGCGGUGCUCCACAAGUAGCUGAGGCAAUGGACUUGGAUGAACCAGAAGCCACAGGAAGUACGUACAGCUCCCCAACGUCGGAAAUUAUAGAAGAUCCAGAACCACUACCAAAUGUUAUUAUUGGAUCUGAGCCAUGGCAUGCCCAAGUUCCAGAGGACUGGGUACCUAUAAUAACAAGAGACGCCCAAAAGCAGAGAAGGCAAAAUCCUCAAGGGCCUUUUAGUGAUGGAUAUCUGUCAGGGAUGCCCAGCAAAAGGAGGAAGAUAGUGAAUAGUUCAAAACCACAUGGGAGUCUUCCACAAGUUAUCACAGAAAGCGUCAGGCAAGCAGUGUCCUCUACAGGCCUGACCUCCGCAGCACCAUUGGAAACUGUGGCACAGUUAGCUGGCGCUUCUCCAGAAAUCCAAGCGGCUUACAGGAACCUACUAAGGUCCACAGUACAGGCUAACCUUAGGGAUAACGAGGACUUCCUUCCGGAACGGUUUCCUAAUGCGGCCGCCUAUUUUGAUGUUGAUCACUGAUAGACUCAUUUAAAUUUUGUAUCAACGAGAAUCGUAAUCUGAUCCAGAAUCGCUUAGUACCGAAAUCGUGAUGAAACCCUGAACGAUCUACAGUCCAUUCAGAAUCGAUAGAGACCAUAUGUAAACAUAGUUAUGUACCACGCAUGUGAUACUCUAAAAGCAGAAUCUUUGGGCGAAUUUAGAACCUUCUUGAGGUGGUUUGCUGAAAUUUAAUUUCAAAUAGUGUUACGAAAUUUUUUUGAUCAAAUCAGACAGCACAAAUUAAGUUAUUACCUCGCGUGGUCAUCCUACUCUCCUUUAUUUGAUGUAUAACCUGAAAAUGAAGAUGAGUUUUACAUUUAUAUAGAAUAAUUCAAGAGUGGAGUACUACCAAGUGAACCCACGGCUUUCUGACGGUGUGAUCGGUGACCCUCAUAAUACUCGAGAACUCGAGUACCUUUUUGUCGUACAGUCGUUUUCUUCCUCUUUUAGGGUGGCCAGCACGAACCGGGAGGAUUUAGAACUAAGUUAGUUUGUUGCUAGAAAUAUAUGAAGUUUGUGGUGAAAUUGCUGAGUAGCUUCAGUAUUAAGAAUAUUAUCUCAUAAUCCGAACAAAAAACGCCUAAAGUCGCCAAUUUCACAUAUUUUCAGCAACGUACUUAGUUUUGAAUUCCCUUGGUUGGUGCUCGCCGCCGAAUUAUUGGAAUUUUCACUUAAUAAAUCGGCUGCCCUGUUGAAAUAUAAAUAAAGCGCUGCCAGCGCCUCUAUCGGUAAGAGAUUUAUCAUUAAUCUGGUCAACACACAUGAUCUGGCUAUAGAUAAUGAUACGUUUCAUGAAAUGCUCGAUCAUUUCAUGAAAUUGAGGAUUUUACGAAGUGGCGGAGCGGCAGCAGAUUAAUCGAUCGAUAUCGAAUUGACCAAUAAUAGUCGCCCUACCCACCUGUUACUGGGUAAUCUCGUAAAAACGUUUCUGCUAUCUUUAACUCUAUCUUGAAUUUGGACCGACUUUAGAAAUGUUUCAGGAUUUUUUUUUAUCGAGACUACUAUCGUAGAUACGUAAAAAAGUGUCACAUAAAAGUUGUAGACAAUAAAAUUAUAAGAUUCGAUCCUACUUUGCUGUCCAAUCAAACCUUAUUUACUCCGCGUCAAAACAAAUAGCGCUCGAUCGCCGCAUGUUUUCGCUUGUCGCUGCCUGCCCUGGCAUUUAUGGCGCCAUGGUCAGUAGGAGCAGGCGAAUUUGAACGUCCUGACCUAGUGUUUUGACUGUAUGUUCCGUUCUUUAUGUUUUCGAUAUAUUUGUGAUGGGUAUCUAUAAAAUUCUGAGUUUCAACUUGUCCUGUCUCCGGAAUUUAUAGUUUUAUUUCAUAUAAUCGUUAUUCGAGAAUGGUAGGUUUUUGCGGUUAAUCGUGAAUGGAUUCAAACUUAAAAUCGUACUUUAAAGGUUAUCAAGAGGAACUUAACAAGAAUAUUCCCUAACCUAUCAAAUGAAUUUAUUCGUCACAACAAAGCAAUUUUAUUUAAAAUCUACCAAUUUCGGUGUUGCAAUUUGUUUUUUAAUCUUUUAAUUUGCGUUUUUUUUAUCACACUGAGCGGUACUGGUUGGUUUGCGAGGCUUGUCAUACACCUACAUAAGGUCAAACUCAAUAUUAUAUAGCUCUUGUAAAAUUUUGGUUUAUUUUCUUGUAGUUUAACCAAGUCGCACGUCUUCGUACUAUUUUUUGUUUGUUUGAAGGAGUUUGAACUUUACGUACUAUACAAUAAAUUAUUAUAGAAUUAUUAUGAACAUGAAUAGAAUUUAUCAUUAAACAAUAAAUUAAUAUAUUUUUACCUUUAAUUUUAUAAAAUAACUACUUAAAUUCUACUUGCAGCAAAAAUUUGAGUGGCUACUGUAAGAAUGAAUGAAUUUUGGAAACCCCAAUACAUGAACAAUCGACACUUGACGUAGUCGCCAGAUGAAAAUUUUACCUUUUCUAGAAAUCACAAUCAUACAUUUUUACACUUUUAAUUUUGCUUCUUUGAUAUCAGAUUUGACAUCAGCUAUUUUUAAAUCACUAUAAGUGCUUUACAAAAUUAUGAUGGAACUUUGGGCUUUCGUCCCAUAUUUCCGUCAGUGAUGAACAUAAUACGAAUCUGAAUAAAUAAAAAAAGAUUUCGUACACGAUUUCCAUUUUUGAAACUGGACAGAUUUGUACUUGAUCCCGUUAGGUCAGUAUUCACUGGGAUCCGUCAGUACUUAUGGAAGAUACCUAAAAACGUUAAGCAGAAAAAUUGGAGCCAACAGUAUGUUGCUGACUUGGAAAAUAUUUAUUUCAGUACAGGAUGAUUCAUAACUACCUAGUGACCCAAACAUACAUUUUUUUUUAAUUGCAGAUUCGGAUAACCUCAUUCAAUCGAAGCAAUUUGAUAUUACUAUAGGGUGUUGAGAUAUUGGACAAUAUACCCAAAAAAAAAACAACUUUGAUAACUUGCACCUCCGCAACUGUUAUAGCUAGGAAACUAACUGAAUUUUUCGUAGCUACAUACUUUUCAGUUUUUUUGAUAGGUGUACAAGGACCCAAAAUGAACGAUUUCUCAAAAUGUUCAAAUGGAACUCGCUACAUAUUUGCACACUUUUUUAUUCUCCUUUUGACAAGCUUUUUUCUUAAUUAGAUUUUUUCGGAAUUUGUAUGACAAAGUAGGUUUUUCGAAUUAAAAAAAAAAUGUAUGUUUGGGCUACCACGUAGUGAUAAAUCACGCUGUUAAAAUACAAAUAUUUUCCAAGUAUACUUACUGUUGGGUACAUGGGUUGUAAUUAACUUGUCUAGACAGCAUGUGUAAUAACGGUGUAGCACACACUAAAAACUCACUCAUGUUUCGGAUACUGUUUAUUGUACGACGUAUGGACCAUCUGGCAAUACAGAACUGUUUACGAUAUUCCACAUUAUUCUCCAGUUACUAGAAUUCUUAGAUCCGGCAACGCUGCAGCGAGCUACAAUAUCUCUAUAGGUACUUUCAGUAGCAAUAUUAAGCACAUCAAAAGGCACAUGAAAAAUGUUUCCAUUUAAAUUUGGUUUGUCAUUUGUACCUGAAAAAGGCCACCGUGGUAGGCAAAACGUCAUACAAUAAACAGUAAUUGAAACAUUUGUAGUCCGAGUUUGGCGGUCCGGCAGUGGAAUCCUAUUAAUAACAUAUUUAAUCUGCAGAACAUAAGAUUUUUUUUUUGGUAGCAUGCAGAUCAAAAAACCAUGAAAACCACAGGGUAGGUUUCAGGUGUUACAUUGUGCAAUGUGAUAUUUACUCACUAUGUAGCCAGGACGCCAGUAAUUAUUGAUGUAUAAGGUUACAUAUGAAUUUGCUGACACUGAUGGAAUCAUCAGUAAAUACUGAGCACAGAAAAUACUGAUUGUGUGACAUUGAAGAUACUUGUUGUCUAAAAUGUUUAGGUUGUAUUAAGAUAUUUUUACAGAGUUUUAUAUUUUUGAGACGUGCGACGAUAUUUUUUUCAUUUAGUUUGGGAGGAUCUAAGCAAGAGGCUGAGUGUGUCUGUGAUAAUUUUUUUGUCAGAAAAAUUUUGUGGUUGUAUUGAUUCUUUCUUUGGUCUGUGUUGAGUACCCGUCGAUUGAGAGGUUAUUAACAAUAAUUGUAAUUUAAACUUAAUUUGUAAUAUAACAGCAUUCCCAAGGCGUACGUUAUUAAUGGGAAGUAUUUCUAGAUAAUCUUUUUAGCAUAAUGAGAAAGGAUUCUUGAGCAGUGUUUCAGAUAUGAUUAAGUGUGUCAUAAUGGUAGUUUUGUUAUAUUAUUUGAAAAAUAAAUAUUGUUUAUGAAA